GCGCGCACACCGGCUCUCUCUCCGCGGUCCACAAGCACACAGCCACAGCCACAGCCACGGCCACGGGGGGUGCUUAGAGCAGAACGAGGGGCGCAGGACCAGGAGCCGGUGCACUACAGUUGUCUGCGAUACGGCUACUGCUGGAGACACCGGCUUUUCUUCGGCUUUGUACGUCUUUUGUGGAAGUUAGACACGCGUUCAUAUCACAGCGCGCCACUUGUCAGCACCGACCUAUGUGAUUCGGAGCUCUACUGGAGAAGAAAGAAAACAGCGGAGGGUUUUUUCCAGAGCUGAGCGAAGGAUACGGGACUUUUUUCCUGCUUUUUUGUUGAAAUAAGCCUUUUUAGUCAAAGGGAAGGAUUUUGUUUUUGAUGUGAGACGUCGUGGCUUGCAGCAAGGUACAAUUAUGGUGGCUGAGAGCGGAACACCACAGUUAAGUUUUACAUGGAGAACUGCCCAUAGAGGAUAAAUUGUGUGCAAAGUCGCGAGGAUUUGUGCUGAAGGAGCCCUGGUCUCCCCUCCAUCGUCUGCCAAUGAGCCCACCCCGAGGAGACAUGGGACCAAUUCAGUGCGUGGGACUGGCUGCGCUUAUCCUCUGCACAGUGGCCGACAGCAGGAUUCUCCUGGAUGGCCUACAGAGGUAUGGUCCCACGCCGAUUUACCUGCCUGUCAGCUAUCAGAUCCUCCAUGCUGAGUCAGCGUUCUUCCUGCAAGAGGCAAACCAGGACCUAAUGAGGAACUCCAGCCUGCAGGCUCGAACCGAAUCGUUUUUCAUCCACCAGGCACGUCAGAUGCCCUACGUCAAUGCCAGUUAUGGGCCGCUGUCCGUGCAGCAGCCUGUCCCUCUGGAGAUGCUGCAGACACUGCCCGGACCUUUCAAUAGUCCUUCUUUUACAUCCUCGUCAUCAGAGCCAUCGCCCGAGUCUGAGGUGCUCUUCACCUUCAACUGGAAGAUGCACACAUAUAUCAUCAAUGAGAGGAUCCACCCCAGCAUGCCCAAAGUGCAGGUUCUAUUCUAUGUGGCUGGUCGGAACUGGGAUGAUUACAGCACUGUAAACAGACUGCCCUGUGUGCGCAUGUUUGCCUUUCACGAGACUCAGGAGGUGCGUGGUACAUGUCGGCUCAAAGGAGAGCUGGGCAUGUGUGUGGCAGAGCUAGAGCCCUUGGCCAGCUGGUUCAGCCCCCCCACAGUGAGGCCUGGCCGCCAGAGGGUAUCGGAGCAGUCCCAGGGCACACCUGUAGAGCUCUACUAUAUCGUCCAAAUGACUGAGAGUGGUGAAUGUAGCUCUGAGGACAGCAGACGAGCCAGUGCCUCUCUCACAGAGCAGCCACGGCCUAUGGGCUACUAUGCCGGGCACACACCCAUGCAGCGUAUCGGCAGUGUGCGCCUCUUUCAGCCUCUGUCAGAGCUCAAGCUGGACAAUAACUUUGUGGUCAUGUCGCCCUCCAAACCUAUCCGACAGAGAGAGACCAUCUCAACCUUUCUGGCCCUGUCCACACUGUCCUCUGUGCAGAUAUUCACCUUAAGAGUGCGACUGAAGGAUGGUGUGGCGUUUUUGGGAGCAAGAGCCAGUAACCCUGUUCUGUGGACAGUGAGCCAGGAUGUCCGCAGCGAGGGCCACCGGAUCGUAACCCUUCACUGUCGCAGGAAGGAGAACAGCUUCACUCAAAGGGUGGAGGCAGCGGGGUACCAGAGAGUGCUCCAAGUGGAUCUGGAGGUGAACGGGUUGAUGGCAGUAGAGGGGACCCGGGAGGUAAGCUGGCAGGUGGAGUACCCGCUCACACGCAGCCUGACCAAUGAGGUACUCACCCUCAUCCGCAUGGCAGCGCAGGACCUCGGGGGGAUCGUGCCUCUAGCCAUGGACACGGAGAUCCUGAAUACAGCAGUCCUCACUGGGCGGACAGUAGCCGUGCCAGUAAAGGUGGUCACUGUGGGAACAGACGGGGCUGUAUCAGACGUUACAGAGGCAGUGGAAUGCAAAUCCACAGAUGAACAGGUUAUCAAGGUGUCAGAGCGCUGCGACUAUGUUUACGUGAAUGGAAAGGAGAGCCGUGGGAGUCGUAAGGUGUUUCUAAACUUCACAUACAGUUUCCUGAGCACCCAGCUGCAGAUGAGUGUGUGGAUACCCCGCCUCCCCCUGGUCGUUGACGUGGCUGACCCUGAGCUCAGUCAGAUCAAGGGCUGGAGAGUGCCUGUUUCACUGGGCAGCAGAAGAUAUGAGCGUGUGACAGAUGACCAGGAGGAAGAGGCAGCAGACAGGGCGGAGGGCGGCUGUGUGCCACAGUACCAGAGCACCAGCGUGCGGGUGCUCACUCACUUUGUGGCAGAGGCUGCAGCCGCAGACAGCAGAGGGGCAGAAGAGGACGGCCCGGGACAGCCACACUUCCUGCUUGGCUCUGAUUGGCAAGUAGAGGUCACACAGCUUGUCAAGGACUUCCUGAGAGUGGACCAGCCAAGUGUGGCUCAGCUGACGGACGGCAACGUCUUAAUUGGGAUGAACUCUGGUAGCACCAAAGUCAAGGUGCUGUCGCCUCUGACGUCUUUGGUCCUGGGUGAGCGCACAGUCCGGGUGGUGGAUGAUAAAGUCAGUGUGACAGAGCUAGGAGUACAGCUGGUCUCUGGGCUCUCUCUGUCUCUGCAGCUCAGCCCCGGCAGCAACAGAGCCAUCGUUGCCACGGCUACAACACAGGAGGUGAUUGAGACGCUCAAGCAGGAGUCCUUCAUCAGUGCUUGGCUGCAGCUCAGUGAUGGCUCCAUGACUCCUCUGGACAAUUACAACCCUGCUCACUUUACUCUGUCGGCCACCUCUCUGGACCAGAAGGUGGUGACCGUUCAGCAGACAGAGGCCUGGAAGUGGCCCAGCAUUGUGGCCAAAGGACAGGGUCAGGGUUUACUGGUCCGAGUCGAGAUGAGUCUCUCUAAGCAGUGUCAGAAGGGAAAGCGCAGCACUGUCCUGGGGACUGGCAUGGCCAAUAUUCAGGUGAGGUUGGGCCUGUCUGAGGAGUACAGACAGCCUGGGGAGAGGCGAACAAGGCCUGAGCCACCUUAUUACGGAGGCUCCAUUUCUGACAUGGAAACUGGGUUAAUCAACCGUGGAACUACAACCAUGAGGGGCCAGGCCCCUGGGAGGCCUAAUGGGGGCCGCCUGUCAGCAGACAGUGGAGCCCGGGUCCCCAGUGACUUCCCAGAGUAUCCAGACCAGGCUGAGCAGCCACACAGCCACAGCACUGACGACUUACUACCAUCACGCACCAGAGGUCUCACAGACCUGGAGAUUGGCAUGUACGCUCUGCUUGGCGUCUUCUGCUUGGCCAUCAUGGUCUUUCUCAUUAACUGCAUUUCAUAUGCCUAUAAAUACCGAAGCAAACAGCUGUCCAUUGAGACACCGGAGACCAUGCCCCACGCCCAUGACUGGGUGUGGUUGGGUCAAGAGGAGGGCCUCUGUCUGCAGCAGGAUGAGUUGGGUGGGACCCUGGAGGAGGGAAGCCAGCUCCUAAACGGGGGUUUACAUCGCACUGCCAGCGCAGGGUGUGGCUCCAGUGGGAAGGAUCAUAAGAAUGAGUCCAUGAACUCUCCCACGACGAAGAGAAAAAGAGUCAAGUUUACAACCUUUUCCAAUGUCAAGGCCAGUAAUGGCUGUCCUGUGCUCAGCCCCUUAGCACUGGUGCAGACCAGUGAGAUCAAAUGGGUUUGUCCGGACAUAGAGCUUGGGGACUCCAAGGAUCUUAGGAACUACAUGGAGAGGCUGAAUGAGAAUGCAAUCAAGAAUAUUGCAUAGGGGGUACUUUGCAUUUGUAAUAGAACAAAGGAUAAACUCACCUGAUUGCCUUCAGAAUACAGAGGACGGUUCAGAGGGAGGCAACUCACAGUGACUAAAGGUACGGACAUGUAGUACCUCACCACAACAGAACAGGGCCAUUUAGCCUUUCCACAGCAGUAACUACAAACUUUAACCUGAGAGGAUCUGCCACGUCAUCAGAGCAUUGUUAAAAGGAGAAUUAUAAACUUUCUAUUGUUCCUUAAAAUAAAGUAUAUUAUCUUUGAUUCACUUUUUUAAUCCAUGUACUUUUGAAACCAUUGUUUACUGUUGUGUCUGUUGCUUUCUGAAGGCCUGUUGCUAGAAUCGAGGUCUGUUGUAGAUCAGAUUCAGUCUGGGCAAAGUUUUCUGUCUUUCUGUGUGUUUAACAGCCACUCCAAUGCCAGUAUUCCAGUCAUCAUUCUACACCUGUUUGGGAGAAGAAUUCAAAGCUUUUUUUCUAUUGUAUAUAAGUGAGAUUUAGUUUGAUAGUGUUGUGUAAAGAUAAAUUUUGUAAAAGUGUUGUUGAUUCCCUUUUACUUAUUUUUGUUGCCUGGUCUCCACAAACCAGAUCCAUGCAUGCUGUUAUAGACGGGGCAUGUCUGGUUUACAAUUACAAUGUAUAGACAUCAAUGGAGACCUUUUACAUUUUUUUAUUACCAUAUAAAAUGUUGUCUUUUUUUUAAAUGUUAACAUUUUUGUUGUGUUAUGAAUCGGUUUUCUUUAUCUUAUAUAAUUUAACCAACUGUUUGUUUGUUUUUUGUUUUUGUUUUUUUUUGUAUUUUUGCAGUCAGAUUCAACACAAAUUCAACAAGAUACUGAAAACCAAUAGACAAUCACUGUUAUAUCCGUCCAACAUGCUCACUGACACUGUCCAGUUGACUAGAGCUAGUGUUCUGAAUUACAAUGUAAAUUCUCCUCAUUCUUUCUGAAUGUUGGGUUACAAAAGAAUACCAGUUGACUGUUCCAAUGUUGACUUUAUAAAUUGUGUUCUAAAAUUGUUUUCCCUAUUGCUUUGAAACCUGGCUGCUGGACUAAUUAAAUUCGGAGUGACUCUUCUUCAUCAU